CGUGCGUGUGCACAAAAAUCCGUCUACCAAAGGCUGUUCAGGGCCUCGCUCAACAACACAUGAACUCUGUUAUUAUUGUGUAGCCUGCAAAACACUUUGAAGUUCAGAGCUCAUAGCCUGAAGCAAAUAUGGUGUUUCUUCAUCUUCAGGGGAACUGUACCGACAGCAGAGACAGAUAGCAUCUUGCUGUGGACAUGUUUUUAUUGUCGCUGUGUGUCGAAGACGCGCUCUCUGAGAAUAUUAACUUUUGGCUGUACGCAUAUGAACAUGAAAGAAAACGUUGUGGGUGGUUGAAAGGAUGGUUUAAGCCACAGUUGUGAUGGUGAUUCAUUGCAGAUGAAGCCUUUUGAGAGAUGAUCAGAAUGAAGUGCACACGCAGCUUCAUCAUUUUCCUGUGUCCCACGCUGGUACUGUUUUUUCUCUACUAUUCUUCUGGAAGACUACACAUGAGAUCUUCGGUCCAAAAAUCUCAACCUGAUUUGGAUUCUUUACUCUCCACGGGACGUGUAUUAGCUUCAGAGUACGACAAGCAGGGAUUCCUUACGAAGCUUGAUGGGAAACUACCCCUGGAGCUCCAGUAUAAAUAUGCUAAUCUCAGUAAAGGCGAGUGUAAACCAGGUUACGCACAGGCCAAGAUGACCUCAAUUUAUCCAAAGUUUUCGAAACCAGCCCCCAUGUUCCUCGAUUCAAAUUUUAAGCGGCUGUCAAAGAUCAGCAAUUAUCCACCUCCCUUUGGGAUAAAAACACAAGAAAAUAUCAUUGAUAUUAUUUUGUCAGCUACAAAGAGCAAUACUCUGGGUCCAGAACUGGACAGUUUAAGUUGUAUGAAGUGUAUUAUUAUCGGUAAUGGAGGAAUUCUGUUCAAUAAGUCCCUGGGCUCCAAAAUCGAUGAAUAUGAUGUUGUUAUACGACUAAAUGAGGGUCCAGUCAGAGGGUUCGAGAAAGAUGUGGGCUCUAAGACCACUAUGCGUAUCACCUACCCCGAAGGAGCCAUCCAGAAACCUGACCGUUACGAGGACGACUCGCUUUUCGUCUUCUCCGCCUUCAAACCAGUGGACUUUAAAUGGCUCAAGCAAAUGGUGUUUAAGGAGAAGCUGCGUAGAAUGGAGGGAUUCUGGAAGUCUGUGGCACGUCGCGUUCCCAGAAAAGCCGAGGACAUGCGCAUCCUAAACCCGUAUUUCAUCCAAGAAGCAGCUUUCAAAUUCAUCGGCCUUCCGCACAACAAGGGCCUCAUGGGACGAGGGAAUAUUCCUACGUUGGGAACAGUUGCGAUCACCAUGGCCCUUCAUAGCUGUGAUGAGGUCGCGGUUGCGGGAUUUGGGUAUGACAUGAAUACACCCAGAGCUCCUCUACACUAUUAUGAGAAGCUCAUGAUGUCAGCAAUCAAAGAGUCAUGGACACACAACAUAUCAAAAGAAAAGGAAUUUCUUCGCAAGCUUGUUAAGGGCGGAGUCAUUCAGGACCUAACCAAUGGAAUCUGACAUUCUCACCCGGCAGACUCCGCAGAGAUAUUUGAGCCAAUCACGUGAUAACGCUAGAAGAAAGAGACCUCACUGUAUAUGCUUACAGUAUACAUGGCAACCUCAGACUGUCGUGCUUUUUUAAGACGCAGGAGAGAACAAGUCCGUCCUUGAGGAGAGCAGCGACGCAACGUCCUUUGAGAACUUCUGAACUGCUGCUUUCCCCUGUUUUUUACUCGACAGCAGAGACAUGAACAGUGUUUGUAUUUGUCCUCAGUAUUUAUUAGACAGGAUUUUUAUCCGUCAUUAAGAAGCUUUAUUUUUUAAGCCACGUGAACUUUGAUGCUUUAAUACUUUUGUCUUCGAUCUCAGGCUAUGCACAACAGCACCGAACCAAUGAUUGUCCCCCAUGACUUUCUGCUGCUCUUUCUGAACAAAUCUGUGCCGUAAACUGGUUCAACACACACUUUUUCCUGCACUUCGCAUAUGUAUAUCCCUGUCCGUGGGUUACCUGAGACAAGGUCUAUUAAAGUAUUAUGUACAUUC